AUGCUUGAAAUUCUAAAUUUAUAUGGACUUUCACAUGAAAGUGAUUUAUGGUAUCGAAAAUCAACGAAUACUACUGAUGGAGAACUUGAAGACACAGCUUAUACACAAUUGGAACAGCUUGUUGUACGUACAUGUGAAGCUUUCUUCUUACGUUUAGUAUGUUUCUGUCAAAGUGAUCGACAUAACUGUAAUGCAAAUACAGCUUUCGAAAACUUAUGUGAAGAUUGCAAGAAAAUACAAAAUGCUGUAGCUAUUGCAUUGUAUCAAGAAUGUUACAGUGGACAAAAUGGAUUAGAACGAGCACCAAUUCUCAGUUUGCCAUGGUUAUUUACUACAGCACUUAUAAAGACACGUCAAAGAGAAUUACCAUCAAAGCAAGGUUUACUUAGUAUGGCAAUGGCAACUGCACUAAACGAUCCGAUUCAUAACCGUUUAUUACAAUUAGAAGAACUCACACUGACAUUUCGCACAUCGAACAGUCGUCGACUCGAAGCAAACGUGCAUUGGACUGUUUGUGUUUUUGUUGAAAUUCUACACUAUUGUAUCAAAUCAAAAUCUUUUGUUUCAUGGUCGAAGAUACUCCGUCGAUUCAUGUGUAAAAUAUCUUCCAUGCAACAAUCCAAUCCAAUGGAUGAAUGGUCAUUGGUCUUUGGCACCAUAGAACAGAAUGAUUUAUAUGCUGCCACGCUCAUAUCAAUGCAAUGGACUGAGAAUGAUGAUGAAUUAAUGCAUUUUUAUUUUGUUGAACUGCUUGAAACUUGCUUUGAUCUUGAUCGGGUCAUGAUUGAUGAUAACGAUGAGUAUUUACGAAUGAGCGAAAAAAUUAUUCUAAUACUCCAACGAAUAGCGAUCGGCAAAACGCCAUGGGGAGAAAAUCGUAAAUAA